UCGCUCAAAUAUUUCAUGACCUUGAUGGUGGAUUCCAACCAGUAAAUUUUCUUUUCGAUGAUUUACCUUUACCUUCAAAUAGACUACGUGACAAAGCUCAUAUAAGGAUGCGCCAUUUUUUCAUGGAUAUCAUGAAACAUCGUCGUGAAACUGGAAAAACUGAUAGCACUGACGUUAUGCAAUACUUAGCAUCCAAUUGUCAAUACAAAAGUGGAAGAAAUUUAACUGAUAUGGAAGUUGCUCAUAUUAUGAUUGCGAUGCUAAUGGCUGGUCAACACACAAGCUCAACCACUAGUGCGUGGGCUCUCCUUUACCUUGCAGCGAAGCCUGAACUAUUUGAUAAACUUCGACAAGAACAAAUUGAAGUUCUUGGUUCUCUUGAUGCCCCUCUCACUUAUGAAUCUCUUAAACUGUUAACCCUUCAUGAAAAUAUUGUUCGUGAAACUCUUAGAUUAAGACCUCCAAUUCUUCAUAUUAUUCGAAAAGUUGUUCGUGAUAUGCCAAUCCCUGGAACAGAUUACGUUAUUCCAAAAGAUGCUUAUGUUCAAUGCAUUCCUGCUCUUACUGCGAGAUCUGAUGAAUUUUUUGAAAAUGCCGAAGAAUUUAAUCCAUAUAGAUGGAAAGAUUUUGAUUUACAAAAUAAAGAUCGUGAUGAUGAUCUUGUGGAUUAUGGUUUUGGUGCUCUUUCUGCUAGUGCAAGAUCCCCUUUUCUUCCAUUUGGUGCAG